AUGGGGCGGAGGUCUCGUAGAACCCAAAACUUUUAUGAUCAUCUCCCCAAGUUGUUUGGGUGCAAUCUAACUCUCUGCAAGUAUCUAGGAAACAUCACUAUCGUUAGGAGGAACUGGGAAGAUAUCAUUCUUGUAGAGGUCGGUGUGAGUGUUAUCUGGAGGGCUCACUGGAUUAUGGCACAAAUGUUCAUCGUGCUGAGGUCGAGAUUUCAUUGGAGAUGGCCCGGCGUGGUCACUAUCAGUGAAAGCUUUGACAUCAUAGAAUCCAAUGAUGCGAGUCUUCGCCCUCGUAAAGCCCGUAGGACUGUAUCUGUGGCCAGGCUUCUUGGCGAUAAUGGAGGUAUUCUCAAGGGUCAAUUUUCUAUGCUUGGGCAGAAAGAGAUAGUGGUGGUGCCUAGCUCUCCGAGGGCGUCACCAUCACGAAUCGUUGGUUCUUCCUUGGUUAUUCCUGAUUUUAGCUCUAUGCAUGGGGGUGCAUCAGGUUCACCUGAAGAUUCCUGUCAACGUAGGAAGCCUUCUAUGAUCGAUGGAACUAGGAAUUCAUCUCACUCCCUAUCUUUUGAGGGCUAG